AUGCCACCAGAUCUUAACCAAGAAGCCGCACUCGCCGAGGCUAUCUCUCUGCUACACCUCCUCCACCGAAUCCCCGCGACGCCCUUUAGUAACCCAGAAAUACCGGACUAUCGCGUACCAGAAACUGAAUAUUCGCUUCCGUUUGCCAAAGAGCAAACACUCGUCCACGCCUUGUCAUUCCUCGUUGGAAAUGACGACCCAAACUAUGUACCCGCCCUCUGUGUUCAAGAAGAGCCCAAUGCCAACGGCCCCAGACUGAAUAUACUGCUCGCCGUGAAUCAAAGGAAUAGCAACGAUACGGAUGCCUUUGCAACCCUCAAGGAAAUCAAAGACAAAUUUGAUCCACUACUUGCGUCUCUACAAGACGCGCCUCAGCGUACUGAGCAAGAAUUAUUUACACACAUUGUCAGUAUGUGUACCCAGCGGAUCCUCGUGCGCAUACGCUACGCCAAAAGCAAAUCGAACAAGCAGAAACAGACCAUCAAACACCUAUUAACCACGACAACCAGCCUCCUAGGAGCGGCAUACUUCAAAUACAAACAAGCUGCCCGUGUCGUUGUCAAAAAUAUCGAUAACUGGCUCAAGUAUCAAACUACAGAUGCUCUAUGCAUUGCUGUAGAGAGUAUACACACACUUUCUCGCGUUCCUCAGUUGCGCCCGGCGCUGGACUCCAUCGCCAACAUUGUACUCGGACCCAGCGAAAGAAAGAACUUGCUUCGCAUGAUCCUUCGCGUAGCCCGAUACCGCGAAACGGCUAGAGUCCUCUACCGACUGGCGAAAAAGUAUCCAAUCACACGGAACAUGUGCCUCGUUCUCGUCACACUGCCUACAUCUGCAUUCCGUGGAUCGUCACCAAGCUAUAAGCCAAGUCUUGAGCGGACAUCUGAACGGCUCUCUAUAGCAAAAGUUGUCAAAUCAAACACACGUUUAUUAUCACGCCUUCUUAUAAAGAAUGGCAAUACGAUAGACACUGAAUUUGACUGGCAGGCUCUGCGGAUUAUGAGGGAGGGCAAAAUACAUGCCGAGGUCCAGUUAGUGUACCAUCUCGAGACACAUGAGCAAGGUCUACCACCUCGAGUUAUUGCAUCUAGUAAGAUGGCAUGUUAUCUGUGCAAUGUAUUCCUCUGUAGUGUGGCCAAGAUCUACACCCGCAGGUGCCAUGGGCGGUUAUAUCCUGGUUGGAAAUUACCCUUUUUUCCUAGCUCUUGUGAUAUGGAACGGCGGUUUACUCGGACUCUGGAGACAAAGAUUCAACAAGAGCUGCCUCGGCUGGUCAAAUCGCAGAAAAGAACAGUGUUUCCGGAUCCCAGCGAGAGUGCGUUAUGGACGAUGAAUGAAUCUGCAACCACUAUUGCACAGCCGGAAACUAGUGUCGAUAUCGUUGAGGAGGUCAAGACGGACGACAUUACUCCAGAAAUCAAGGUGGAUGAGGUGAUUGUUGUCACAGAAUGUCCGCCCGAGGUUGCCGAUGUCAUCGCAACGACGUCGAGCGAGGAUACACUGGGGCCGCCAGCACUGUCAGAAGUACGGAUGAAGCUACGUCAAGGAACUCCAUUAGACUUGAAACUACCAGUCAACUCUUUGUCUACACUGCACCUCGGUCCCGCUAUCUUCCAGAUAGAGUAUACCGUCGGGCCAAAUUCAACAAGAAGUGAGCUCCAGUGCUGUGCAGAGUGGCUUAAGAAGGACAGUGCAGCAGCAGUAAAGGUUAGCUCAGUUGAUCUUCUCCAUUCUAGGGACCUUGAAUUGGGGAUCGAGACAGAAGUGGCGAACGACGGGCCGGUACAUGUAGAUAUCGGCGGAAAAGUCUUGCGACUUGUGUUAUCGUAG